AUGGACGUCAAACGCGACGAUUACCAAAACAUUCCAAAGUACUUCGAACACCCUUCGUUAUGGUUCGGUGAACUCGAGAUUUAUUUUCACUUCAACGAGAUAACAUCGCAAACCACCCAGUAUUAUCAUGUUUUGCCAGAACUACCCCACCGUGUGAGAAUUGCAGUUCUUGAUCUGAUUGAGGAAAUUCCCGAGCAUAAGCCCUACGAUAUGUUGAAACACGCCGUGAUCACGCGAAUGAAUCAAAUCUACGAAUUUCGUGCACGUCGCCUACUUCCCAAUGUUGAGUUGGGCAGGAGGUCACCAUCGGUACUGUUAGCGCACAUGCGACGUAUGGUUGAGGGCAGGCAGAUUGGUGACAUGGAACUGCGUCAGGUGUGGACCAAAUGCAUGCCAGAGAAGAUACGGCCCGCCAUUGAGAGUUGUACUUACGACACGCCACUGACCAAGUUGGCCGAUGUCGCCGACAAAUUGUUCGCAAAGGAGCGACUUGUAUGUUUAAUAAAAUCGCAGAUGAAAAGUGUCAUCUGCUCGAACGCAAAUGACCUCACGCGAACACUUCAGAAGAUAUCUGAGUUACUGGAUCGGCUGCCUUGUGAUCGGCUUCACCGAAAAUAG